CCCAACCGGCCUUGCAAGCUAUGCCAAAGCUAAGGGCAAAUAUAUCGGUUCUGCAUACGAUAACGCAUACAUCUCUGAUUCGGCAUAUAACCAGGUCGUAUUCCCGAACGUCAACCAACUGACUUGCGAGAACAGCAUGAAGUGGGACAGUCUUGAACAAACUCAAGGUGAUUUCUCCACCAGUCUCUGGGCAGAUAGGGUGGUCAACAUUACCAUCUUGAACAGCAUGACUUUGAGAGGAGGCUUCUUGCAAGAGAUUCAUGGGGCUCGUAGAUGGGUGACUGGAGGUAGUUGGACCAAUGCCACCUUGACCAGUGUGAUGACCAAUCACAUUACCGGUGUAAUGAACAAAUAUAAGGGCAAGAUCCACACGUGGGAUGUUGUAAACGAGGCCUUGAACGUAGGUAACCGGGUCGCCUAUCUCGAAUCUUCGACUAAACGUUUAUUAGGAAGACGACUGCCAAAUCGAUUGAUAGCGCUGCCAUUCUUGCUAUCAACGAUUACAACAUGCAAGUCUCCAAAUUAUUUGUAUCCAGCAGAGACUGACUUUAGCAGUGAUGGAACGGGAUCCAAAUCGACCGGAAUGACCAACUUGGUAACUCGUGUCAAGGCAAGAGGGGCCCCCAUUGAACAGAUCGGUAUUCAAGCCCACUUGAUCGUGGGAUCGGUCCCUACCACCCUCAGCACCAACUGGAACAACUUCGUCAAUUUGGGCGUCUCCAUUGCUAUCACCGAGCUCGAUAUCCGCAUGCCAACUCCCGCCACUAGUGCCAAUUUGGCACAACAGGCCACCGAUUACGGUACGUCGCCUAGAAGUAUAAAGAGAGGGACACUCACCCUCUUUCCAGUCAAUGUCGUGACGGCCUGCGUUGCGUCCACCAUAGUCUGGGGCAUGAGUGAUGCUCACUCGUGGGUCUCCAGUACGUUCAGCGGGCAAGGAGCAGCAUGCUUGUAUGAUGAGAGCAUGCAGCCCAAAGCAGCCUACACUGCCGUCAAAAAUCUGCUAGGUCACCGGUUGAUAGCGAGAUACACAUCUGCGUUUUCCCUCGAAUAUCUGAUCGUGAUCGGCCUUUUGCAUGAGAACAGCCAUGACGAGCGUUUCGAGUGA